GGCGGGCGCCAUGAGGAGCCGCGGGCAGGCGAGUGGUGCACACGCGUUAUCUCCGUGCUGGGAGGUUUUGAAGCUUUUCAAGUUGUUACACAGAACACGGCAAGAAGUUUUUAAAAAUGAUACCAAAGCCCUUGAAGCUGCAAGACAAAAGAUAAAUGAAGAAUUCAGAAAUAACCGAGAUGAGACGUCUGAAGAGAAGAUAAAUGAGCUUCUGAAAAUAGGUUCAGAUGUUGAAGUGAUUCUCAGAACUUCUGUUAUUCAGGCAGUUCACACAGAUUCUGACAAAAUAGUACUCAUACCCAGGAAAGAUCUGCUACAGGACAACACUCCUUACAUAGAUAAACCAACAAAAAAGCAAGAAUCCUGAGGAAAUAUUGUUACCAGGAAAAAAGAGACUGAAAUCAAUUCACUGAUUUUAUUGAGUGCUGGGAUAUCAUCAUGCAUUUGUUCUUUGGAAGAUAGCAAUACUUUCACAGAACUUAAAAGUAUAUUGCUGAAUUGUGUUACUUCAGCCAGGAAUGCUUCUGACUAUGACAGGUAUCAGACAGAGAUUUUUUUUCCCAGCAAUCCAGAGUUUUUCAAAGCUAUAUAAAAAUUAAAUGGAGUACUUAAUACUGCUAAUAUUUAUUUUUAAGUUGUCAAUCAUAAGCUGCUCUGAAGUAAUGAAAAUUCAUCUUGUGGCAUUUAACGUUAAAUUUAUACUUUGCACCAAAAGCAUGAUUUCUGAAGUUUGUCAUUAAUUGUACACUAGUAUACUGUGAUGCUUGAGAGAGUUCUUAAAGGUUUAUCUGAAUAAAUUAUUUCUGUUUUACAGAUGGGAGGGCAUGUGUAAUGUUUUUCUUCUCCUACACACUCUGGAAUGAGCAAGAAUGUUGGGGUUUGAGUUCUCAGAUGACAGCACAAGAGAACCCAGCCACAACAUAACCUAAGGAUGUUGGUUUAGAUCAUAUGGUUUAUGAAUUUAUGGUUUGUGCUUUUUACUUGUAAUCAUUGAGUAACUGUGGCGUUUUCCAAAGAAAAGGGCCUUGCUGUUUAGUUGCAAGUGAACUUGCCUAGAGUGAAUAUAUGAAAAGUUUGAUUAAUAAGCUCUAAUAAUUUGCAUUUCUUUAAGGAUACUUCCUUGGUUCUUGUGAAAUUCAUCACAUGCAUCUGUUCAAUUCCAUUUUCAUUGGAAGAAGGUACAACUGCAGUGAUACAUAGAAUCUUUCCUUUGUGAAGUUGAUAGCAGGCACCAGCCUAGGAUCUAAGAACCUCACACAGAAGUGAGAUAGUCUGAUAAUGCAUCUCACCUCAUGAGACACUUUAUCUGUUUAUUUUCAGUCUCCAAGAUGUCAGAAUUGCAUAUCUGUGUGUGUAUGGAUUCAGCUUGACUGGCUGAGUAAAUCAGAAAACUAGUGCCUUUAUCCAGUCUCUUUUUCUCACAAAGAAUGUCAGUGUGACAGCUACUCCUUUCUUUAAAACUGUUGCCUUUGGCUUCAAUGGUCAGGGCAGCCAGCAGCUAAUACGGCUCAGUAAGCCUCUUUGAAUUGCACUGAUAGUCCCUGAACUGUAGCUAAAAGGCAGCAGGCACACGACGGGAGAUAGAAUGAAAUUAUUGCAGUUCUUGGCAUUUGUUAUAUUCUAGUGGCUCCACUAUAAAACAAAUGUCUCCAUCUGUAGGGGAUGUCCUGUUCAAGGCCCUUGGUAUUGUUUACUUCCUAAGGACAAGCUGUAUUCUGUGUCUGGUUUCCCAUCCUUCUGCAGCCUGCCUGCAUUGACCUUUUUUUCCCAUGAGGGGCUUAAAAGAGUCAUAUGCCAGAAAGAGAAAAUACAAGGUAGUGGCAACUGUAAAGAGAAAGCAGAGCAUUACCUCAGAUGAAAUGACUAACUUUUAAGCAGAAGUAAUUAAACAGGGGUCUGGCAAGACUGGGAAAUUAUAUAACCAUUAAGGUGUUCAUCCCAUGGAGUGUUGGAAUUGGGGUGAAUUCACCUUUCAUAGCCACUGCUUUAGGCUGUGAGUGUAGCAUUAGAGAUUUCAUCCUUCGGGUUGAUUUUAUGGAACUGGGGCCUGGUAAGAUUUCAUUCUUUCACUACUGGUGUAAAAUAGUAUUGUCCAUUACCAUGCAAAAUAUGUACUAAAAGAUCUCAUUGAUGUCAGUGCUAGAUGGUGGUCUUCAAUAUGCUGCUUGAGGAAACCACAAGUGGAGAAAUUUUUCAUGUGACUGUUGCUUUGGUAUUGCUCUGCUGUCAUGUGUUUCUGGGUUUUAUUUUUAGUAAGAAUGCAUCAUUAGACAUACAGUAGGGAAGUGUCAACUUACAGGAUCAGGCUUGCAAUUCAACAGGCAUUUGUGUCCUUCAUCUUACAUAAAUCUUGAAUACUCAUAAUAAAAAUACAGAAUGA